UCUGUAGUCUGUCUGUGCCUGCGUCCGAAGGCGAGGGGACCAGCCAGAACAGACCGCGUGGCGUCCAGAGCAAGGCCAGGGGGAUGGAACCUUCUGCCGCUGACUCGGAAGCUCCAUAUUUUCAGAACGUGCACAUUGAAAGGAGUCUAGAGAGAUGGCCCAGGGGGUAAAGGAAGUGCUUACUACGCCAUCGCGAGGACAACGAUCCCCAGCACCCCUGUGAAAAGCUGCCUCUCACCUGCCCUUCUAGUGGGGAGAGGCAAGGACAGGAGGAUCCUGGGAACUCACCGUUCAGUUUUCCUUUCUGCCGUUCGUGAUUAAGAUUGAUUUAACAUUAUUGCACGUGUCUGAGUAACAUCCAGGGAGCCCAGAAAAUGGUAGCAAAUCCCCCCGCAACUGGAGUUUCAGAUGGUCGUGAGCACGUGCCGGGUGGGUGCCGGGUACCGAACGUGGGUCCUCUGCAAGAGCAGCCAGGGCUUUUAAAGGCUGAGCCAUCUUUCCAGUCCCAAGCUAUGCUUGAUGGAUCCGUAAACAGCAGGUCCAAUAGGAGACCUUUGUCUCAAUAAAUACAGUAAAGACUGACUGAGGAAGACACCGGAAGCCUGGCACCCACAUGCACACACACGUGUGUGAGCGAGAGAAUACACGUGCGUACACUACAUACAUAUGCACAAUGUUUUUCAAAAGGUAAAAGAGAAAAUGGGCAAACCUGGCCAAUCUGACUAAGCGUGUUGCUCGCUUACUGAGGAUAGAGGACCCUCUAGCAUGCUACAUAGGCUCUAAUCUUAUUGGGUAAAUAUAACGCCAUCCAUGCUUUGGUCUCAAUGUGAGAUUAACCAAACUAGCAUCUCUACCUGAUUUCUGUCUACAGCCCUCUGUCUGAAGAGGUGCGAGUCUGUGGCUAGGACAGUCUCGCCUUGCCUGUUACUGGGAAGUGGGACGUGGAGAGGUGAGCCUGCGACAGUAUCUCACUAGCUUUAUAUAAUCGAAUGGAGGCCUGCCUGGCUGGCCUGCUAGGUCACAAGGUUGUCACAAGAUGCAAAGAUCAAGUGAGAGAACUCUGGGGAGGUAAGGGUGUGUGUCAGUUACAAUUCUGUUGCUGUGGUAAAACACCAUGAAAAAGAGCAGCUAUUUGACAGAGCCCAUCAAGUCGACUGAGGAUAAGUAAGGUAUGGUGGCUGAGAAAUGGAAUGAGGCUUUAUCUCAGAGUAGGCUCCCAGUGGUGGGCCUCCUCCCUCAAGGCUGCACUUCCCCAAAUGGUGCCACCGACAGGGGACCAAGUGUUCAAAUGCCUGAGAUGGUGGGGUGUUUCUCAUUUAAUCUGCCACUGUGCGUAUGUGUGUCUCUGUGUGUGUGUGUCUGAGUAUCCGUGUGUGUAAGUGUGUGUAUGUAUGUGUGUCUAUGUCUGUGUCUGUGUAUCUGUAUCUCUCUCUCUGUCUCUGUCUCUGUCUCUGUCUGUGUGUGUAUGUAUGUGUAUCUAUGUCUGUGUCUGUGUAUCUGUAUAUCUGUCUCUGUGUGUGUGUGUGUGUCUGUGUAUCCAUGUGCAUGUGUGUAUGUAUGUGUGUCUAUGUCUGUGUGUAUCUGUAUAUCUGUGUGUGUAUCUUUGUGUGUGUGUGUGUAUGUAUGUGUAUUUAUGUCUGUGUCUGUGUAUCUGUAUAUCUGUCUCUCUGUGUGUGUGUCUGUGUAUCCAUGUGCGUAUGUGUGUAUGUGUAUCUAUGUCUGUGUCUGUGUGUCUGUAUCUCUCUCUCUCUCUGUGCAUGUCUAUGUAUCCGUGUGCGUAUGUGUGUGUAUGUAUGUGUGUCUAUGUCUGUGUAUGUGUGUCUGUGUCUGUGUAUCUGUAUAUCUGUUUCUGUGUAUCUGUAUAUGUGUGUGUGUAUGUAUGUGUGUCUAUGUCUGUGUCUGUGUAUCUGUAUAUGUGUGUGUGUAUGUAUGUGUGUCUAUGUCUGUGUCUGUGUAUCUGUAUAUCUGUGUGUGUAUCUCUCUCUCUCUCUGUGUAAGUGUGUGUAUGUCUGUGUGUCUAUAUCUGUGUGUGUGUAUCUGUGUGUGUGUGUAUCUCUCUGUGUAUCUCUCUCUCUGUGUGUGUAUCUCUCUCUCUCUCGUGUCUGUGUAUCCAUGUGUGUAUGUGUGUGUAUGUCUCUGUGUGUAUGUCUGUGUGUGUGUAUCUGUAUAUCUGUGUGUGUGUGUAUCUCUCUGUGUGUGUAUGUGUGUGUGUGUGUUGCUCUCUAGCUAUCCUGUGAUGAAAAGUUUGGAAGCAACUGUAACAAACCUUGUUACAAACGAGCUAUUUAGAGUCUUAGAUUGAGCAUGGUCCUUACUCAUUUGAUAAAGCGAGUGGCUCUCCACGUCCCUAAGAUAAUGACCCUUUAAUAGAGUUCCUCAUGUUGUGGUGACCCUCAACCAUAAAAUCAUCUUAUGGCUACUUCAUAACUGUAAUUUCGCUACUCUUGUGAAUCACAGUGUAAAUAUCUGAUGUGCGGGGUGUCUGAUGACACCAACCCCAAAUGUGUGAGGGUCAUCCAACCUCUAAAGGGUCAAGACCCACAGGCUGAGAACCACUGAUUUAAUACGUAAAUGAGGCUCAAAGGGCCACAGCGAACCCAGAAUUCAGAACGUGCUCAGAAGUCUCAGUGGGGGUUGGAACCUCUCCUUAAUUCACAGAGGAGAGAGCUUCAAAGGGGACGGAGGGGACGGAGGGGACGUGCUGUCCAGGAUUCAGCACGCUGAGGGGCUCCAGAGCAUCGUGGACUUUCCCAGUGUGAAGGUCUCCUCACGCUGGCUGGCUUUCAUACAUCAAACUUGAAGAGCGCCAAAGAUAAACAUUUUGAAUUUGUUUCAAUAUUAUGAUUUUUAAUUUUCCACUCUUAUUAAUGUCUUUCAAGCACUAAAGCAGAUAGCCCCUUGGUGCCUGCAGUCCUGGGUUGAACCACUUGGAAGCUAACAUCCAGUUGUGCCCUCUUGGUAAAGCUAGUAUUCCACUGUAUUACUGGAAGCUGACGAGCUCGGUCCCCCCAAUAUAUCCUAACCCCCCAAAUCAUUUUCAUAGAACGAGGUCUUUUCUUUUUCCUCCCUCCCUCCCUUUCUUUCUUUCUUUCUUUCUUUCUUCCUUUCUUUCUCUCUUUCUUUUUUUUUUAAAAAGGAGUUCUAACGAGAGCAAAUUUGCUAGUAAUUAGAUGAGCCAGUCGUGUCUUCCAGCGCUUUCGAAGCUUGGAAUUCACCAGAAACCCUCAUAGCAUUAAUUAAAAAGAAUUUAUGUUUUUUUAAUAAAAUGCUUCAUGUUUUAGCUCCUUUAUUCCUGCACCAAAUGUGAUUAUGUGGGGGCUGAAGGGAAUUCAGGUUAAUAUGUUGACACACUUAACAAUGCGAGGUCAUGCUGCACAAUACGCUUCGCUGGUUUGGUUCAGUACACCCCCUGACAGGGCCUAAUCAUCCUGUGCCCUAAAGGCAGAGGCAAAGAGAGGAUUUUAAUUACUGCUCUGUAUGCAAGUUUGCCAGCAUUAAAUUGAGACAUAAUUAGGCCUCUGAAUUUUAAUAAUUGUCCUAGCUAAUUGGGCAGACAAGUACGUUAUGCGGCAUGCCGUGAUUAGAUAAUUAGUAUUUCCAAAUGACAAAAUUGGGCUCUUGAUUACAAAUUCUACAUGAAGGGGAAGGUAGUGAGCAGAUCUUUACAAGUCUAUUAAGGGAGAGUUUAGCGAUGGUGGUAAUUUAGUGUUCAUCAGGAAGCCAAGUCUCAUUCUCACAGAGCUGGUGUCUGGGACAAGGGCCUCUGGCCCGUGCUGCCUUCCACUGCGGCUGUUCCCCAGGCUGCUCUUUGCCUUCUAUAGAUUCUCCCCUCUGCCCAGUUUAGUAGCCCUUACUGACCUUGGCUAAAGCCAUGUGGGUGUAGAGCAGGUGGUAACUCUGAAAAAAGAAACCUAGAACUUGGAGAGAAAGCAGAGGAGACAUUCCCAGGUCAGGGAUUCCCACUGACGCUUUCUCUUGCAAGUAGCUGUUUGAUUGUUUACUCAUUCAUUCUCUGCCCCGACCUCACCACAGAAAAAAGUCAUCCCAGGCUGGCCUGGAACUCACUAUGUUGUCCAGACUGGCUUCUGACUCCAUUCCUCCUGCCUCAGCCUCCCAGCUUACUGGGACGGAGUGAGCUCUGGUUCCUGGCUUUCUUUCUUUACACUUCAUCCAGAAUUCACGUUUCCUCCUUUUAUCACUGUCCCAGUAAAAUAGUUUAAAAACAAAGCAAAACCAAAAACCAAUCACCAUUGCCAUUUUACAUUUCUAGAAUAUCACGUUAUUGGGGUGAGGAGCUUGAGCAUUCAAGACUGUCAGGGUUUGGAUACCCAAAAAGGCUUGCUCCUGCAGUCAUGGUAACAGGUGGCUGCCUUCUGAGGAUAGUGGGGACUGUACUGUAACUGAAUGGAGUGUUAGGAUAUAGGACAGAGCUGGAGGGAAGGAUGUCACCAGGAUGCCUUUGAAAAGCAUCAUCUCUUCCUGACCACCAUGAGCUGAGCUGAGCUGUUCUGUGCUGCCACGUUCCAGGCUGGCUUUGGGCCAACAGCAGCUGAACUCACUCUCGGAGGGUAAGAAUGAAAAGAAACAUUUUUUUUUUUAACCCUGCUUGGCUAAGAAGGAAAGGAAACAUUUUCUCCCUAGUUUCUCUAAGGGUUUGUCAGAGCAAGGGAUAGCUAACACAGUCUUCUCUUGGUUUGAGGGUAUCGCUUAAGAGUUACAUGACCCUUGAUAAGUUACUUAGUGUCUGCCUCAGCUUCAUCACCGGCAAGAUGAAGAAUCUUUUCUGUUAAGACUGUUGAUGUGAUUAAACAAAAUAAUUUACAGCACUGUGCCUGGCAAGGACUAAGUGCUCAAUAAUAUUAGUAGCCAGUUAAUGCAUAUGAAGUUAGUAACAGUGAAAGAUACAGAGGAAAGGUAGUGAGCUGGCUUCUUGCUGUGCCAGCCUUCAAAUGAAACAAGAGUCCCUAGUCACAGUGUUUUCUGAGAGAGGACUACGGAAACUCUUAUGCUGAGGGCGGUCUAACAGCUCCAGGUAUCCUGCAAUCCAAAUGCCCAGUCAGCUUCCUUUUCUACAUAGUCUUCCUCAGCCUCAGUGAAGGUGGUAUACAUUCUGUCUCUCCAUGGGUUCUGCCUCUGCCGGUCACAGUCGCCGACUUACUCUGCACGUUAUCACACUGUUGCCACAGAAGUUGACGUCUAGGUACCUAAGUCUUCUUAAGGUUUUAAAUCAGUGCAUUGAGAAAUUAAACCCAGGAUUUGUAAGAGACUACGUGUCUCUAGGGUUGUUUCUCAAGCAAAAAGGACGUUAGGUUGGAUGCAAAGCAGAAUCUUUGCAAAAAUGAUUGUAGCCGGUUCCUGGGUGACUGCUGGACAGUUUGUUAAGGGGAAUUCAGAAUUCCUAGAUCUAUAUAUUUCUGACAAUUCAGAAGGAAGAUUAAAAAAAAACAAUGUUUCCAUGGUUUGGUUCAGACUGGGCCAGUAUCUUACGAUUUUCUGUUUGCCAUGAUUGAGUGAUGAUGAAAUUCUGGUAGGUUCCGAUUCAUAAUACAACGCACCCCAUAGCGCAUACUCAAUAUGGUCCGGACAGCACCUCUACAGCACAAAAACAGCAGAGAGGGGAUAAGACCUUGAGGCCUGAGGAAGAAGGGACACUGUGGGUGGAACCCAACCAUUUUGUUGACGCUUGGAAAGAUUCUAGGGCAUGGGGGCGGGGACGUGAAGAGUAAUCCCGGUACACAGUACACAGUAGAGGAACCUCUCCUCUGAGCUGAGGACUACCAUUCUCCUGCCAGUUCACAGCCCCCACUGCUCUGGGGUAGCGAGUGUCUGAGAGACGUGCAGAGCCCUCAUUCCAAUUGCCAGAGGAAGCAUCACUAGGGAGGGAGGGAUAACUGUCAUAAGGAUUUUUCUCCCCUGACAUACAAUGCUGAAGCUUCUCUCCCUCUCUCUCUCUCCCUCUCUCUCCUUUUUUUUUUUCCUGAAGAAGUGCGUUUAUGACUGAUCGCUCAACACCUUGUUGGUUCUGAUUGCAGAAAACACACCUUAUAAAUAUAUGAUAACCAUCCUGUAAUAGUGAGUGUGACAAUUUACUUCACAGUGCGUUUCGGGCUGCUAAUUGAUCGUUUCAGUCCAGGGACGAUUUGGAAUAAAUUAUAGCCAUCAAAAGGAUAUCACAGCUCAUUUUGGUGGAAGGGUUUCCACGUCGCUUCGCGUUCAUCUCCGGAAGAGGGCCGAUUACACCCGGCGGGCUGGGAGGCGGGGAGGGAGAGGGACCCGAGUGGAGGCGGCCGGUGGGUGGAGCUUGAACAGCUAGGGGCAGGUCCCGGGGAGGAGCCAUCCACGGGGCGUGGCCGUUAUGUGGGCGGGGUCACAGUGAGGGCGGGGCCUGGCGGUGGCGCACGCGCUGCAGCUCCGCGGCCGGACAGUAGAGGCCUCCCUUCCGCGGAGGCACUGCUGGCUGCUCCGCUACCCGGCGAGGUCCCGGCGCGGCUGGCCUGGCGCGCGGUUCCCGGGCCGCUGUCUCCCGCUGCAGGCGGCGGCUCCGGGCCUCGGAGGGGCAAGCGUUGACUCCUGUCGGAACGUAGUGGAAGAUCAAGCAGAGACCGCUUGCUCCUGAGGAUGGAGAAGACUUGAAGUUAACCCAGAUCCAGAGCUGUUAGUAGUUAGAACUACCAAUGCCUUCAAGGACGGGGAGUUUAGAAGACUACAAGGGAAAGGAAGGACUUCACCUCCGAUAUCCCUUCAGAGAUAGCUGAAUCACGGUGUGCUGGAAAGAAAUUCAUCAGAAGAAAAAGUCUAAAGAAAUAGCUCUUUGGGAAGGAAAAUAAUUCAGGCUUCUAAUGUGAGGAAAAACACGGAAUGACAAGUGUGGGAAAGAGCAAGCACUAAAUUACUGUCAGAAAAAUAAACGGAGCAGCACAGUGGUGCUCGGUGAUUUACGGGGGCAAUUAGUCACCACCCCACAGCGCCGUGGAGGACGGUCUGCGGCCUUGCAGCAGGCACAUCAGGCCCAUGAGGAGGAAGAGCUCCAGAUGACUUUUCAAACAAGAGAAUCGUCGGUGAGCACACGAGGGUCUGUGUUCAUUCUGGGUGUCUACCCUCCCAUGCCCCACCAGCUUGAUAAAUAAACAGACUUCCGGUGCA